AUGUGCAUUUACAAAUACGAUAAUAAAGAUUUUACUAAUAAUUUAAAAGUAUAUUAUUAUUCUCAUGCUUAAUAUAUUUUGGGAUGUCGGAAGGAUCCAAAAGGCUGGAUUUAAGUCAUGGCUUUAUGAAAUGUAUUAUAAAAAAUCAAGUUGACAGAGACAAUUAUGACAGAGAUGUAAAAGCAAGAUUAGCUAAAGAAAACCAUAGGACAAGACGACAUGAUAGCCGUCCAAAAAAGCCUGAUGCACAGACAUAUAUUCCACCAAUCCGAUUAAGAAAAGAGAAAGAAGAAAUGUUUACACUGAAGUUUGAAGACAAAGACAAUCAAGUGUACAGUAGUGUAGUUUAUAAGAAUGACAAGGCUGAGGCGAUAUCAAGAAGAAUUGGUGAAGAAAGAGGCUUGUCAGAAGAAUACAUGGAAGCUCUUUCUCAGCGGAUUUCAGAAGAGAUGGAAAAGCGACUUUCUUGCAGUGACGAUGGCUAGGAUGAACUCAUAUAUCUACAGAAUCUAAUUAGCAAGUCUACAAAGGCGAUAUAACUACCUACUGUAGAUUGUUAAUUAGAACCCAGUGGUCUGAUCAUUCUCCAGCUAACUAGGUGUUACACCCUAUCCAACCUCACAACAUUUUGGAGAACAGUUACCUAGAGAGUUCAUGAAUUAGGGUAAUAUUAGUGUGGAUUUUUAGUAUUAACAUUAGCUUCAUAUCUGAAAAUCCUUCCUUUGGUAUUGCCUGAAAACAAAUUAAAGCAGAAAACCCCCAACCUUUUUGAUAAUAUCAAUUUUGUUCCAACAAAUAUUUCCCAUUUUGACUAACUAAAGUAAGUUUCCAGUUGUGAAACUAGGUACUAAAUAAAACAGAGUCAAGGUACAGAAAGUACAGAGAAAAUAGACCGCAAACACUACAUGUAUAUGUAAAGUUAACGAAGAGGUCGAACAGAAGAUACGUCAAAAAUGGAGAAAAAUAGAACCGAGAACAGAUUGAAAACUGCGAAAUAGAAAGGAAAAGUUGGACUGAUAAGAUAGGAAAUAUUAAGUGAAUGGUUGGAAGGCAAUAAAUGGACAGAACAGAGUGAAAUGGCAGAACAGUGAGUAUAUACACAGAAAUGUAAAGAAAAACUGUAAAUGGGCACAAAGCAGAAUAAAUUAACAUAAAUUAAAAUAAAGAAUACAAAACAAAGUAAAUGGGCAUCAAACGUAGUAAAUUAACACAAAACUAAUAGGACACAAAGUGAAUGGACAGAAAACAGAGGGAAUGCAGUUUUUGACAAAUGUUUGAUAAUAGCUAGGGACCAAACAAAUUCAAAGACCUACCUGCCAUUUUCAAAGACUUUUACACAGUGGUCAAAGACAAUAGAAUGCGAUAAAAAAAUACCAAAUCAGUUCA